UAUAAAAAGUCUUUCGAGAGUCAAUCUAGGAAACGGUAAGAAACGUGUUAGUGUUUUUAGUUAAAAUCAAGACACGAUCCAACGAGGUUUGUAAAGGAAAAUUGUGACUUAUCAUCAUAUCUAAUUAUGAAGCUCCAUUACAUAUUGGCAUUAAUUACACUUCUGACAGUGGCUUAUGCAGCCGACGUCACUCAAGAUUUAUUGAAUUCAUCAUUGAAUUCCCACGAUGAAAGUACGAGUCAAGUAAGAGAGAAGAGAACUAUACUUUUAGGAAAAACUGCACUAAUUGGAGGUGGUGGUGCUCUUCUUGCUAAAAAAGCCCUUCUUGUUGGAGGUGCUGCCCUUGGAGCAAAAGCAUUGAUUGGUGCUGGCUUGUACAAAGCUAAAUAUUUGGGAAAUGGUUACGGAGGUGGCUAUGGUUUUGGAGGCGGAUAUGGUUACGGAGGCGGAUAUGGUUAUGGAGGCGGAUAUGGUUAUGGAGGCGGAUAUGGUCACGGAGGUGGAUAUGGUUAUGGAGGUGGCUACGGUUAUGGAGGUGGAUAUGGACAUGGACAUUCAACUUAUCACGGCUCUUAUUGGCGAUAAUUUUAUAUACUGUAAUACAGAAUGAAAGUACUCUUGAGAGAUCUGUCUGGGAACAUGUCUGAACUCCAUAUUUUUGAGAAAAAUAAUUCUUUUGUCUAAUUUAAAAGUUUAAAAAAUAGUGUAUGAUAACAAAUAUGUGCGUAUGUAAUUGUACACUUAUAAUUAGACAAUUGUUAUAAUCAUCGGUUCAUUUAUUAUUGGAAAUAUUUUAUACAAAAAAAACGAAAAUAAAUAAAUAAAUAUAUAUUUAUAAACGAAA